CGGGCCGGUGGUGUGCGGUAGGGCUCGCGAAGGUUACCUCGCGGGGGCGCAGAAGACCUAAUCAGCUGAUCAACUCAUUGGAACAGCGCGGACAGCCGUGAAAAUACCACGGAACGCGCAGCGCCAUCAGGCGGCGUUCAACACCAUCCCGCGGCAUUCGGCGGCAUCUGGCAGCAUUUGGCAGCCUCUGACAACAUCUGAUAACGUCUCGCAACAUCUGACGGCAUCUGGCACCGUUUGACGACAUCCGGCAGCAUCUGGCAGCAAUAAUGGAGCUGAUGCGCCGACUGCGCCGUUGGGGCAGCCGUCCGAUACUCGAUGAGUCGCAGUCUGACGUGUGGCCUGCGCCCUAUGACAUCACACUUUAUGAGCACAUCGAUGCCCCGCAAGAGGACGGCCAAGACGAAGGUCUGCCUGAGGAUUUGAUGGAGCUGCCCAACACCUACUGCUUCAUCCCGCCAGACAUUCUGCAGCACCUCGGCUUGGACAACGAUCCGGACAUACUGCCCGAGAUUCAGGAGGAGACGUUCCGGAUAAAGCCAGCAGAUGGCAGUCUACACAGCCCUAAGUCUCAGGAGCCGCGGCCGCCGCUCUACAACGCCGAGAUGUACGCGCUGGGUCUGCGCCGCUGGGGCCGCAAGGGGGGGACGCGUCAGUACAUCGAGGGACGCGAGGGGCCCGAGCGGCACGGACAGCGCGACAGGAAGAGGCGCGACAGCAAGGCGGAGCGGGCGGCCCGGCAGGAGAUGGGCAUGCGUCAGUUCGCCAACGUCUCCGACCUGCUGAAGAAGCUGCGCCAGGACCUUCGCAUGUCGUACCCCAGCUUCGUCCGGGAGUUUGUGACCGAUCCUUACGACGGGGUGACUGGCCUGCUGGACCUGCUGAAGAUGAUACAGCUGUCGCAGACCGACUACGCAGCCUCGAUGAACGGCACUCUCCGCUCCAAGGAGCACCACAACUUCUUCCGGCGCGCACUGACGGACGAGUACGACUGCCUGCUCUGCCUGAAGCACUGUUUGCGCUGCGAGGAGACGGCCGCCAAGCUGGUCGGCUACUCACAUGGCCUCUACACGGUGGCCGUCUGCAUCAUGAGCAACUUCAGCAAGUCGCGCACGCUGGCGCUGGAGCUGCUGACCGUGGCAUGCGAGACGCGGCCGCGCGGCCACCAGCAGGUGAUGGAAGCCGCCUCCACACUGCGACUCCGCUUCGGCGAGCCAGUGCGCUUCAAGUUCCUGGUCGGCAUGCUGACCUCGUUCGGCGCGCCCAGGUGA